AUGAGGCAGAGUGGAAGUUAUGUGAUGGCUCUUCCACGUAUCAUUGGCGGCCUCCCAGCAAACAACUCACUCGAGCAUCAGCUGCAAGCGAACCACUCUUUGGUGCAUCAACCGCCAACUCCCCCUGAGCCCAACGCCACAGCCACGUGUCGCAAUGCCACAGGACUGGUUGUUCUUCAGGUGGAGGAAAGCGCAGACUCUUCGGUUCAACCUGUCUUUUUAUGCGCUCUGGCACUUCACCUCCUCCUAACCCUGCUCUACGUGCUCUACACAUUACUGUGCCCUCUCCUAGGGCUGCUCUGGUGGAUGGACGUGUCUCAAGCACAAGUGAGGGCGUGGGUGCAGCGACAGGGCUAUGCUGUGAGGGAGUGGGUGCAACGGCAGCGAUCAGCUUUGGGAGCCAAGCUGAUGAAGCUGAUGAAGCUGAUGAAGCUGAGGAGAGCAGCUGCGUCUCUCGUGACACUUGGAAUCUUACCCCGACUCCAUAGUGCCAUGGAGCUGUGCACUUCAGGGAUGAGAAGCGUGAGCGAUGCACUUGCUGCAAUUCUCAGACCAAGGGACGGAGCAGACUCGCUGAAGCAAGCAUGGGAGAGGAGAAUGAGCGCUCUUUUUAUGCAGCUGGCAGCGGCAAGGAGAGAGGAGGCUGAGAGGGAAAGAGCGGUGGAAUGGAGUGAGCUGAGAAGGCUACUGGAUGAAAUAAGAGAUGGAGAGCGAGCAGUAAUAGCUGAGGUGGUGAGGGAGAGGGAAGAGCGGGAGAAGGCAAUGGGUGGUGGUGCAUUGGAGAGUUUGGUGAGAGAGCGAUUGGGAGAGGCAAUGGGUGGUGGUGCAUUGGAGAGUUUGGUGAGAGAGCGAUUGGGAGAGGCAAUGGGUGGUGGUGCAUUGGAGAGUUUGGGGAGAGAGCGAUUGGGAGAGGCAAUGGGUGGUGGUGCAUUGGAGAGUUUGUUUAGAGAGCGAUUGGGAGAGGCAAUGGGUGGUGGUGCAUUGGAGAGUUUGUUUAGAGAGCGAUUGGGAGAGGCAAUGGUUGGUGGUGCAUUGAAGGGAGAGGAGGAGAGGGAGGGAGGGGGAGAGAGGGUUGGACCAAGGGAAGGGGGGGAAGAAGAGGUAGUGGUAGAGGAAGGGGGAGAGGAGGAGGAGGGAAUGGAUGAGAGGAUGAAGGAGGAGUGGAGGGAGGGGAGGAGGAGGGAAGAGAGGAAAGGGGUGGAGAGGAGGAGGGAGGAGAGGAGGAGAGAUGAGGAUUGGAGGGAGGAGGAGAGAAGAGAGGAGGAGAAGAGGACGGAGAAGAGGGAGAAGAGGAGGGAGGAGGAGAGGAGGAAGGAUGAAUGGAAGGAGGAAAGGAAAAGGGAAAGAAAGAGUGGAGGUAGGGGAAAAGGCAGUCGCCUGGAAGUUGCAUGGCAUUUGCAUGGCAGUUGA